GCCUGCUAGUCAUCAUGGAUCUGGAACGAUGGCGUAGAUCAAGCAGCGCGCCGCAACCUUCAGCUCUUCCUUUGCGUUCGACAAGACGACAACUGACUAGCAACUAUCCUAUCUUCGCGCUCUCGCUUCAUUCUGUCCUAACGCAGCUGUGGAUUCAGUAACCUAGCCGCAGUUGCUGUCGAUCGCUGCGUCGCUAGCUUUUGAACCAUGCCGCGAAGCAUCAAUACAUGAUACAGCAAUAGUCCACUCCUGUAUACGGAACUCUACAAUGGUGCCGCGCGCGGCAACCUUACUGUUCGCUUUGGUAGGGACGAGCGCCGCAGUAGGCGAUCCUAGACCAUUCCAUGGGCCAUACCGAGUUCCCAAAGCAUACGAACGUCGAGCCGACAUCAACAAGCCUCCAUUCCCUCUUGGCACAGGAACUACCGCUCUCACAUCCAGCAAGGCCGAGACGCUACAGGAGACGUCGACCGCUGUAGCUGGUGCACUAGAAAGCAGCCAUGCAGCGACAUCGACGGCAUCUGAUGCCACUCCGCAAACGCAGUCGAGCACCGCAGCCCAGAGUGAACUUGUGCCAACAUAUUCGGACACAGGAACACAGGCUCGCAAUAGCAGCAGCCCAUCCACACAACAAUCAGUUCUGUCCCCGGCAUCCAGUACCGCACAAGUGCCUACGACAAGCCUGCUCCACGAGACCGAGGCGCGCCAGACCGGUAGCAAUGGCACUGGUCGAAUACCAGGCUCACCAAAUAUCACAACCGUUGCACCGACAGACGCAAUCGUAUCCAGCUCAAGAGCUGCAGAAAACAGUGGCUGGAUUCUGACAGGCAACACGACAACAUCGCGCUCACUGCCACGGAUUGCAAACAGCAGCAGUAGCAGCAGACUUUCUCUUUCGAACAUUAGUUCGAGGCUGUUUCCUUCGUCCCUGGCAAUAGUACCUUCUGGACACGGGCCGUUCACUGGAAACCUCACUGCAGUGCACACCUUCAACCCGCCGCGGCCGACCAUCUGUUCCGGCGCAACGCUCAACAUCAAAAACGCAUCACUAGACUAUUGGUACGCACAGACUUACACGCAAGUCGACUCCACGUUUUUGAUCGAGUUCAACGAGAACGAUACAUCGACUGGCUGGACUCUGUUACCUGCGACAGGCACGCUGGACAUCACUUCGGCCAUCGCCAAUCCAGAAUGCUCAUCCACCACAUCUUUCGCUGCAGAUAUUAGCCAAUCCGGAGUGGAGUACUACUGCUCAGAAACACCAACGCCGGCAGCAAAGUCCACGAGUGUUGUUGAGCAGACUGCUUACAUACAGCCAAAUGCGACUACCUCGAAUGGCGAAAUACCGGAUGUGGUCAUCGCACCAACACCAGCCGCGAUCACGGUGGCGAAUGCUGCUGGGACAAGUACGUAUCAUGCUGGGACUUCGGUCGUGCAUUUCUCCCAAUAUGAAAUUGUGAGCAAGCAGCCAUAUCGACAUUGGAAUGGCAGCCAGGGUUGCUUGGAAUCUGCACAAGUAUACGACCUGCCCGAACCCGCAAGUUUCGAGUACCAAGAAGAAACAACCGUGAACGAAUCACUUGCAGUCGGGAAACUGGGCCGAUUCAAUGCCGCUCUGCUUCGAGUUCUUAGCAGUGCGGACGUGGAGCUUCCCAGGAAUGUGGCAUUGGGAGAUCUCGAGGCUGAACCAACGGUCGUUGUUGUGGUUGAAAAGGUCGUCGCUGCUGCUGCCGCCAUUCCUCUGGGCUUUGUAUCACCAUCGCCAAAGCUGGAAACACCCACGGCUACUUUACCACCUGGUCUUUCUUUCGAAGCCACGACUCCCACAGAGCCAGGUUCGACAUUCGUACCGAUCACAGCACACGUUGAGAGGUCAGCUGAGAGCCUCGACGUGCCCAGCAAGACAACUAAGAAAGCGACUACCCCUCAAAACACAGGUGGGGCGGGCGUCGACUCCAAUAUCGUCACCGAGGAUGGCGAAGAUACCGAUGAUGAUAAUGAUAGCAGGCUCUUGAUCUCGGUGCCUUUUGUUGCUCAUCUUGAGAACAGUGCUGUUACGCUCGCAGUGCCACUCAAUCCCACUAAUACUCAAAACGUGGUCACGGCUCAAUUUAGUGGGCGAGUGGUAACCGCGACCAGGCUACCAGGCGCAAGCCCAAUUCAAGGUGGAGAUGCCAAUGUCGGCCGAAUCGUAUCCAUCAUACAAGGUGCUGCGCAGCCCACCAACGCACUCGAGGUGCUGAACCAAGCGCAGGCAACGUUCUCUGCGAAUAGUCCGGCGAGCGCUAUUGCUGCCGGUCUCGGCUUAACUCCACUUCCUGGCGACAGCGAUGAUUUACCUUUGGCUUUACCGCUGGAUUUGGGCUCUCAAGGGUCUGGACUAUCAAAUAAUGAGCUCGUCCGGCCAUUGAUCAUCGGUACUUCUGUCUUCUCUGCUACAAGAGUAGGCGAAGGACUUGUGAUUGAGGAUCAAACAGUGGUCGCGGGCGGCGCACCUAUAACCGUAGCUGAUCACGCGGUAUCAUUGAGUCCAGGUGCUACAGCCCUAGCUGUAGGAGGCAAUGUGGUGAAUGUUGGAGGUGUCUCCGGUCUGGACGGCGCUGCGAAUGCUCCAAUGCUGACCCUCGGCGAUACAGUCCUUGGUGCCACAAGAGUGGCGGCUGGUUUUAUUGUGGCUGGACAGACACUGUCAGCAGGAGGUGCGUCAGUCACUGUCGGCGGCUCUGCCAUCUCCUUGAAUGAGGACGCUACUGAGAUCACGAUCGGUGGAUCUACUGUCAACAUGGCGCCUCAAGGCAAUGUCGGCGCUGCCGCGAACAUUCCUGUGAUCCAGGUCGGCACCGAUCGAUUCACAGCCAAUGCUGCUACCCAGUUCAAUAUCGAUGGGACGAUCCUCACCCCUGGAGGUCAAGUCGUUGCAGCCGGAACCACAAUCAGUCUGGGAACAAGUGCGACGGCACUCAUAAUCGACGGCACAUCGCAGCAGCUUUCGCCACCGGUCAUCACGCCUGCACCUCUCCUGACCAUUGGAGGCAUUGUAUACAGACCAAAUUUAGGUUCAACGUAUGACAUCGACUCCACCUUCCUGACUCCCGGAGGGGAGGUCGUGGUAUCGGGUACGACGAUAUCACUUCCCACGACAGGCGCAAGUGUUAUCAUAAACGGGAUUGCGCGUCCCAUUGCUACAGGCCAGCCGAGUGAAGCGGAUUUUAUCACCAUAACAGCGCCGCCGGCGUUAUUUCUCAAUGGGAGGAUCGUCGCCCCGAAUGCCGGAACAUCGUAUAUCGUUUCUGGUCAGACGCUGUCGCCUGGUGGCUUCAUCACACUCGAGAGACCAUACGGAACAGAAGUGAUAUCACUGAACUCCGCAGCCAAUCAAAUUGUGCGGACAGCUAAUGGGCAGUCCUACACGUCGUAUGUUGGUAUGGUCGGAGCAGCACCUGGAGGAGCUCCAGUCUUGACCAUCGACGAUGAGACAUACUCCGCAAUCGAGUACAAUGUCGGAUCUGGCGCAACAUAUCUCAUAGACGACCAGACACUGAAACCCGGAGGUGUGAUCACAAUAGAGCGCUCGAAUGGCAAGGAAACAAUCUCCUUACUUCCUGCUGGAACUGCCAUUGUUCUCGGGUCCAAUGGUGUCACGAGCACUUCAGUCAUUGACGAUGCGUAUGGCGUUCGUCCGACUCGAGCGCCAGUACUCACGAUUGGAGGCGAGACUUUCACGGCUAUCAACAAUGGCGCAACGUACAACAUCGAUGGCCGAACGCUGACUCAAGGAGAGGUAGAGACGGUGACAGUCAAAGGACAGACGUACAUUGUCAGUCUGUCACCUUACGCCACAAUAUUGGAGGUUGUUGAGGUCGGAGCGAAUGGAAGGGCUAUCACAACCAUUUUCGAGACUCUGUUUCCCGCUACAGCAGCUGCUGCCACCACGACGAGUACUGAGUCAAGCAACGGUGCGUCCACGACAGCCAGGGCUUCUGGAUCGAGCAGCUCACCCACAGAGGCUUCGAGCGCUGAUGACCAGAGUGGAGCUUUACACUCAGCCUCUGCCACACUCGCUGUUAUUUUGCUGGUGAUCAGCUCUUUGGCGAUGGCUAUCUGGCUAUGAUCAUGCAACUC